AAGGUAACCGUUGGCCACAUUGACAUUUUGACAAAGAGCGAUCGGAUGAAAGCUACGCUCCUCGACCCGGCAUACACUACCGAUACACACCUGGGCAACCCGAGGGUAUGAGUUAUGGCGCCAUUAACUAGAUUGCCUAGAGGCAGAGCUGGGCAGUUUAUUGUGAGAGUUGCUGAUCAUAUCACCGGCGACUGUUGAUCUGGCGUUCCGUGAUGCGGUUAAGCAAUUUACGUGAGCUAUCACAAUUGUAUCUCUGUACAUGAAUCGGAUGCUCAGGUAGAAAAGCGACAGAAGGAUUAUUUAGUAGGUUCAACCAUACCACAGCCCCAACAUGUAGCGGAUGAUCCAUCUAUAUAUUCUAAAUCGUUUUAGUGGUAAGCAGCGGCCUGACUGUUUCACCAUCAGAAUAUCUAUCUGGUGGACUGCGUGUUCAUCUGCAUACAUGAGUAAAAAAAAACGCAACCAAAAAGGCGCGCCCUGUCUACCCAUUUAAACAAUUAAAAGUAUUCGGAGAACUCGAUAUAGAGACCAUCGAUUUAAUGAAGUCAGAUUUAAGUUUAUUUAGUCAUAAUAAUUGUGAUCUGUCGAGCGAUCUCUUACUAUUAUUAGCCUUGUUCAAUCUGUACUAACGUAAGGGGCUCAGUAAAGAGGCACUUGUUAUUUGUUUCUUUAUCAGUUUAUUUUUAUAGAUGGGAAAAUGAGUUCACGGCUCAACUAGUGAUAAUUAGUUCUCGACACCCAUAGAUAUCAAUCAAAUGAAUCCAUCCUGUAAUAUAAAGAAGAAGUCUCAAUUAUAAGUUAUAUGACGGCAUACCGACUAUAGACUAGACCCACCUUUCAAACCCGAACGCAUUACUGCUUCGGUAAAAAUAAGUAGGGCGGUGGAACCUACCCGAACGGGACACGAGACACCUUACUACCAGUUGCUACGCGAACUGAAUUUUUUGUUGGGUUGUUUUUUAUUGCACAAUAUUAUUCCUUCAUCGUGGUAGUCGUUCUUGAACACGUGCUAUGUAUUUCCUUAGAUAAAUUAACAUUUGCCUGUGGGAUUUGAACACCGGUAUGGUGAUGGUAUCGUUUGAUACGAAUAAGUUAAUCGGGCGGCUAUGACGAAUUCUUUACGUAUUGUUCACUUUUGAUUUUCUUUGCUAUUUUAGUAAGAAUACCUAGAUCUAAAUCUAACAGUAUGGACAAGUAAAAGUUUUUUGGAUUCAUGUAUCAAAUACAAUCAUUUUAAAGGUUUUAUUAUAUUUAUUUUAUCACUGUAGUAUUCUAUCAAUGAAUAUACAGAAUAAUUGAGUCACACAGGAUUUCAUAAAGCUUCGUUUUAUCUCACAAAUGUGAGUAACCAAGUUAUCUUAUCUAAAGAGAUAACAGCUCAACGCUAAAAAUGUACAUGUUUUUCUAUAUUAGUUUAUCAUAGGUGUUGUUAGUGAUUGUGUUUCUCUAUUGAGUAUUUGUGAAAGAAAGAAAAUCAAUAAAAUGGCACAGAAGAAAUCUGUUUUGUUUUACUUCGCUGUGAUUUUAGUCAUUUUGAGUACACUUACACAAGAGGUAGAAGCCAGAAGAAAAAUUCUUAGAGGAAGACGUGUUAUGACCCGCACUUACUACCGUGGCAAUGCAGUUCCCGCGUGGGCAAUUAGCUUGAUGGCUGGAAUUGGAAUGUUGAUCAUCGGUGGCGUCUUAUAUGUAGUUAUGAGGAAACUCGUUCUAUCUUCGGAAACGGGUUCACUGAACACUUACCAACCUGCUAUGCAGCAAGAAGUAUAAAUAAAAAUAGUUUUUUUUUUUAUA